AGCUAAAUAUACACUAUAAGCAUACGCAUCGUGAUAAGCCACAAUAUGAAUGUGAUGAAUGUCACGUUAUCUUUGCGAUAAAACGUGAAUUAAGUACGCAUAUGCGUAUACAUAGUGGUGAACAACCUCAUACAUGUACACAAUGUGGUAAACAAUUUGGUACUCGACAACUUCUCAAGAAACAUUGGAUGUGGCAUACAGGUGAACGAUCACAUGUAUGUCCACAUUGUGGUAAAGCUUUCUUUCAG